AUGAACAUCCGGGCAAAUAUCGAAAUCCACAUCCACAAGCAACACAAUACCCGUAGACGCAAACACCCACAGCAAACUAACAUUCCCAGUAUUAACGAAUAUCCACAUUACACAGCACUUGCAGCAACGUCACAGCAUCAGAGAAUCGCGAAAUCACAGCAUCACAGCAUGACAACAGUAACGCCACAGAAUCGUAGAAUUGCACCAACAUCUGCAACAACGGCACAGCAUAACAGUUAUAGUACUAUCAAGUCCCACGCGGAUCACAGCACCAAGAGAUCUCAGCAGCACGUCAUUCCAGAUUUGCAGCCCGGCCAUGGCAUCCGGCUCUUCGAAAAUACGAUAGCACAGCACCACCAGAUCACAGCUUCACAGCACCACCAGAUCACAGCCUCACAGCACCACCAAUCACAGAUUCAUAAAACUACCAGAUCACAGCCUCACAGCACCACCAGAUCACAGCCUCACACCUCACAGCACCACCAGAUCACAGCUUCACAGCAUCACCAGAUCACAGCUUCACAGCACAACCAAGCACAGCCUCAUAGCACAACCAGAUCACAGCCUCACACCUCACAGCACCACCAGACUAUAGCCUCACAGCGACGCCAGAUCACAGCCUCACAGAACCAAUCACAGCCUCACGGCACACCAAUCACAGCCUCACAGCACACCAAUCACAGACUCACGGCACACCAAUCACAGCCUCACGGCACCAUGAAAUCACAGCCUCACACCUCACAGCACCACCAAUCACAGCCUCACAGGACCACCAAUCACAGCAUCACCAGAUCACAAGUCUCACCGCACCACGAAAUCACAGCAUCGCAGCGACACCAGAUCCCAGCAUCCCAGCAUCGGGAGACGACGCACCCGCCCCCCGCCCCCCUCCGGCUCACGAAGCUGUUGGGGGACAAUCAGCCGCACUGGCAGGCGUUGGGCAGGUGGCGCGGCGGCGGAGACACUGCCCCUCACAUUCGCUCAGUGGUUGUGGCCCUGCCCUCGUCUGCGUGUGGUUUUGGUGUGGUAGAUUCUCCUUGA